GCUUGUCAGGUAAUUGUGUGUUUUUUUCCAAUGGAAUAUCCGUAGACAUCCGCGCGAAUUAUUGCUUGUAUUGUUGUUUUUUAUCGAAUUAAUACAGAAAUAAUUUGUAUAUAUUUAGCUAGACUAAUCAUUUAUAAUUUAGUAUUUUAUCUUGAAAGUUAUUGUUAUUUUUGGUUGGUGUGAGGUUAUUGCAAAUUCUGUAACUAAAUAUUGGUUACUGCGAAAUUAACUAAGGUUUUUUUUUGUGAUGAAGCAGAUCGUGACCAACCAGACGGUGAAGAUCCCCAAUGACCUGACGGUGACUGUCAAGUCACGAAUGGUCACGGUAAAGGGGCCGAGGGGCGUGCUGAAACGUUCCUUCAAGCAUCUUGCGCUGGACAUUCACAUGGUGAACCCGCGCCUGCUCAAGGUGGAGAAGUGGUUCGGCUCGAAGAAGGAGCUGGCCGCCGUGCGCACCGUGUGCUCGCACGUACAGAACAUGAUCAAGGGCGUCACCAAGGGCUUCCUGUACAAGAUGCGGGCGGUGUACGCCCACUUCCCCAUCAACUGCGUCACGUCGGAGAACAACACGGUGAUCGAGAUCAGGAACUUCCUGGGGGAGAAGUUCAUCCGGCGAGUGAAGAUGGCGCCGGGCGUGACGGUGGUCAACUCGCCCAAGCAGAAGGACGAGCUGGUGCUGGAGGGCAACAGCAUCGAGGACGUUUCCCGCUCGGCUGCUCUGAUCCAGCAAUCGACGACAGUCAAAAAUAAGGACAUUAGGAAGUUCUUGGAUGGAUUGUAUGUCUCGGAGAAAACCACUGUAAUUCAGGAAGAGUGAAUAAAGAAGUUUUAUUGUCAUUACAAGUAAA